GUUGCUUUGGAGUACAGCUUCAAGUGAAGUUAAUCUGAGGUGAAGCAAACAGAAAAUUGUGGAGGUUUUGUUGGAAUGAAUCUGAAGUCUGCUGCAGUAAAACACUGAAGGCUUUAAAAUGUUUUCUUGCAUAAAAGUCAAACUUUAAGUAGCUGCUUAUGAGGAUAGGGAAGGCAGGAAGCUAAUGUCUGUCUCAAGACACAGGACAGCUGUUUGCUCAUCAACCUCAACUGUGUGUGCAACAGAAGAACAUGGCGCAAGAAACUAAUCACAGCCAAGCACCUAUGCUUUGCUCCACUGGCUGCGGAUUUUAUGGAAACCCUCGUACAAAUGGCAUGUGCUCAGUAUGCUAUAAAGAACAUCUUCAAAGACAGAACAGUAGCAAUGGUAGAAUAAGCCCACCUGCUUCUGUCAGCAGUCUGUCUGAAUCCUUACCAGUACAGUGCGCAGAUGGCAGUGUCCCAGACGCUCAGUCAGCGCUAGAUUCUACGUCUUCAUCUAUGCAGCCAGGCCCUGUAUCAAAUCAGUCACUUUUAUCAGAAUCUGUAGCACCUUCCCAAGUGGACAGUACAUCAGUGGACAAAGCAGUAUCCGAGACAGAAGACCUGCAAGGACCCAGAGCAGAGGGCCUUGUUCCUCUUGAAUGUGAUCCUCCAUCUUCAGUAUCAGAUACGACACAGCAGCCAUCUGAAGAGCAAAGCAAGUCUCUUGAAAAACCAAAACAAAAAAAGAAUCGCUGUUUCAUGUGCAGGAAGAAAGUGGGACUUACUGGGUUUGAAUGCCGGUGUGGAAAUGUUUACUGUGGUGUGCACCGUUACUCAGAUGUUCACAAUUGCUCUUACAAUUACAAAGCUGAUGCUGCUGAGAAAAUCAGAAAAGAAAAUCCAGUAGUUGUUGGUGAAAAGAUCCAGAAGAUUUGAACUCCUGCUGGAAUACAAAAUCCUUUGACUAUCUGCAAACUAAACAUUGACUUGAGGUUUUUUUUCCUAGUCCUUGGGAAUGUAGAGCACCGUAUCUUGCAUAGACCGUUGAAUCAUGCAUGUCAUCAGAAGAAUAGAUUUUUGUUUUUGUUUUGAAAAUGACUCUGAACAUUUAUUUCCAUUGCAGUUUCUGUGGCUGAAAAGAAGUAUUAUACUUUUAAGAUCAUUUUAACUUUAGUUGAGUGCAGAGGGCUUUUAUAACAAAUGUGGAGAAAUUCUGGAGGGCUGUGAUUUUUUUUCCAGUAUUAAACAUGCAUGCGUUGAUCUUGCAGUUUAUUUCUCAUUGUGUAUGUAUAUAUAGCUUUUCUCUGCAGCACGAUUCCCUUUUGAUAAGGCCCUUCUGGGUACAACUAGUUAUCAGUAACUGAAUGUAUCUUAAUCAUUACGGCUGCUUCUGUUUGUUUGGUUUUUCAUUAACAAAGGUUAUACAUAUGUUAGCAUAUAGUUUCUUUACACCCACUAUUUAUGUCUGAAUCAUUUGUCACAGCAGAAUAUGUGCUGACGAGAUUCUAAAUUUGUGGCUUUCGGUUCCUUUUUUUUUUAAACAAGGGAAAGAAAAGCUGAGUGCAUUUCACUGCUGACUGCAAGUUUCUUUGCGAUUACUGUUCAUUGGUCUGUGUGUGCACAGUAUGAAGAAUGAUCUGGUCAUUGUGCGGUAUUUAUGUUUAUUCACCAGUCUUUGAUUAAAUAAAAAGGAAAACCAGAAAAAAAAA